UGAGCUGGGAAGGAAAGCUCCACAUCCAUAGCCCACCAAAGAGCAGCACACAACUGAGAGAACAACUCAGAGAAGAGAACUGAAGAAGGAAAGUGGAGAUGGACUUCAUCCCAGACUUUGCUCUGGAAACCUGGGUUCUCCUGGCUACCAGCCUUGUGCUCCUCUAUCUAUAUGAGACUCAUUCACAUGGACUUUUUAAGAAACUGGGAAUUCCUGGGCCCACACCUCUGCCUAUUGUGGGAAAUGUUCUGUCUUACCGCAAGGGAUUUCGGAAAUUUGAUGAAGAAUGUUACAAAAAGUAUGGAGAGAUGUGGGGGUUGUAUGAUGGUCGACGGCCUCUGUUGGCUAUCACGGAUCCCGACAUGAUCAAAACAGUGCUAGUGAAAGAAUGUUUUUCUGUCUUCACAAACCGGCGGCCUCUUGGUCCAAUGGGAUUUAUGAAAAAUGCCGUCUCUUUUUCUGAAGAUGAAGAAUGGAAGAGAAUACGAGCAUUGCUGUCUCCAACCUUCACCAGCGGAAAACUGAAGGAGAUGUUCCCCAUCAUGAGCCAGUAUGCGGAUGUGUUGGUGAGAAACCUGAGGCAGGAAGCAGAGAAAGGCAAGACUGUCAACUUGAAAGACAUCUUUGGGGCCUAUAGCAUGGAUGUGAUCACGGCCACAUCAUUUGGAGUGAACAUCGAUUCCCUCAACAACCCACAAGAUCCCUUUGUGGAAAAGACCAAGAGGCUCUUAAAAAUUAAUCUCUUAGAUCCAUUCUUUUUCUCAAUAAUAAUCUUUCCAUUCCUUAUCCCAAUUUUUGAAGUAUUAAAUAUCUCUGUGUUUCCAAAAGAUGUUACAAACUUUUUAAAAAACUCUGUAAAAAGGAUGAAAGAAAGUCGCCUCCAAGAUAAACAAAAGCACCGAGUAGAUUUUCUUCAGCUGAUGAUCGACUCCCAGAAUUCAAAAGAAACUGAGUCCCAUAAAGGUCUGUCUGAUAUGGAGAUCAUAGCCCAGUCAAUUACUUUCAUGUUUGCUGGCUAUGAGACCACUAGCAGUGUUCUGACCUUCAUUAUGUAUGAACUGGCCACUCACCCUGACGUCCAACAGAAACUGCAGGAGGAGAUUGAUGUGGCUUUGCCAAAUAAGUCACCUGCCACCUAUGAUGCUCUCGUACAGUUGGAAUAUCUUGACAUGGUGGUGAAUGAAACUCUCAGAUUAUUCCCCAUUGCUGGAAGAAUCCAGAGGGUCUGUAAGAAAGAUGUUGAAAUCAAAGGAUUGUUCAUUCCCAAAGGGGUAGUGGUGAUGAUACCAACUCAUGUCCUUCACUGGGACCCAAAGUACUGGCCAGAGCCCGAGGAGUUCCGCCCUGAAAGGUUCAGCAAGAAGAACAAAGACAACAUAGAUCCUUACUUAUACCUGCCCUUUGGAGCCGGGCCCCGAAACUGCAUUGGCAUGAGAUUUGCUCUCAUAAGCAUGAAACUUGCUCUUGUCAAAAUACUGCAGAACUUCUCCUUCAAACCUUGCAAAGAAACACAGGUCCCUGUGAAAAUAAGUCCAACAGGAUUUCUUCAACCAGAAAAACCUAUUGUUCUAAAGGUUGAGUCAAGAGAUGGGACCAUAAGUGGAGCCUGACUUUCCCUAAGGACUUCUGCUUUGUUCUUCUAGAAACAUCUAAGAACACCAGAGACCCCAAUUUACAUUGUAAAUAAAACUCAGAAAUCAAGAAAAGUUUAACCUAGGGCACUUGAUGAAUGACUAGGAAUUCUGUACAUUCAUUGCACUCUCUCAGUGUCUUUGGAAGAGUGUAUAUUUUGUGAUAUAAAGGAGGUGACUAAACCAAAGCCGCAUAUAUGAAUUCCAAUACUCUGGUCUUCAUAGGACAAUCUCCACCCACUCCCAGUUAGUACCAUUGACUCCUUCUCAGCUCUCAUAAAAAAUAAAUAUUUCUUAACAGUUUUAUCAAGAAUUCUUUGAUGAAAGUAAGAAUUAUUGUGGUGGCUAUAAUGGUCGCAUUUGUACCACCUGUCCUAUUUGUAAUGUACUAUAAUAAGUAUUAUGCUGAGCAAACCAAUAAACAUUUCCUUACAAAAUUAUUAUCUGAUGCCUUCAGGCACAUUAAGCAAGAAUCUAUAGGACUGAGUGACUGAGAAUCAGCAACUAAGAAUUUUUUGUCAUCAUAAUCACUGAUCCCUGGGCCUGUUUCAAAACUCCAAUUUGAUUAUUAACAUAGGUGAGAGUUAAGCCAUUUUGACUUUGCCCAUUGCUUAGAAUGUUAUUCAUAGUUUAAUUUUACCUUCUGAAGCACAAAUUUUUGCCCCACUCACAGCAGGAACUUAUUAUUAUACUAUUAGUUUUGAUUUAAUAUCUUAAUCCCAUGUCCCCUGAUGUUUCUGGAACGCAGGAAGCAUGGUUUCUUGUAUCUCUUGUAGUCCAUCUUCAACUUCCAAAUGUCUAAGCACAAUAAACACUGAAUAAAAAAUU